AUGGAGUUAUUGCAUUUCCCAAACGAGCUCCUUGAGACCGUCGCCGAAUAUGUCUUGCCAGAGGGUUUCGAGAGCCUUGCAUUAACUUGCAAGCGGAUGCAUGCGGUUUGUGCUCCAUUCAUUGAGUACCACAACAGACUGCGCCGUCAAUUCCAGGACUUCUAUUACUACAAGACAAAUCCGAGCCAGCUGGUCAAGAGUAAUCCGGCGCUACUUCUACUGCCCGACACAAUCAGCUCAGCGUUCAAUUUGAUCGGGCGCAUCGCAAUGGAGCCCGUUGUCGCGCGCUAUAUUCAACAUGCCGACUUCAAUCACGACAGCCGAAUCACGAAAGGCUUAUCGCGGCAAUACGCAACAGAUAAUAGCCGUGAAGAAGCUGUGAUGAAAAUGCUUGCCGAUUCUUCCGACCUAAAGCAAGCAGGCCUUGACUGGAAGGAAUACUACGCUGCAAUCGAGGAGGACCUCAACGCCGCUCGCUAUUCACAACAUGCUGCCGCUUUUGCUUUAACCCUCCUUCCUCAUCUAAAGACUCUCCAGCUACCUCGAUGGUGGAAGCCACAGACCGCACCCGACAAACUUAUUGAUAUUAUUAUUUCGAAAGCUAGGAAUGCCCCUGGUAGUGGGUCUAGCCUUGCGGCGGUCACCAGCCUGGUAGGCAAUGGCUGUGCAGAGAACAGAUUUGAUCUAGACUGGGCACGGCCUCUUCUGGCCUUGCCAAACGUCCAAUCUUUUGGAGGAUAUAUCUGCAAAGGUACAGGUGGCAGCUACGGAAACGCCCCGUUUGAAUAUGCAGCCCUUGAAAAUAUCUCUCUCAUAGAUGCUUCUAUUGAUGAGGCAGCUAUUGCGAGUGUUCUUCAAUGCACCCCUAAUCUCAAGACGUUCAGGUGCUUGUAUGCAAGAGCAGAAGAUAGUGAUCCUCAGCAGGGCUGGGAUCUCUGCCAGUUCCUCCUAGCAAUCGAGCAAAACGUCGGGAACCACCUCAUAGAUCUUUCUUUACUCGUCGAUGCGGAAGAUCACGUCUCUAUCACCCCCGGCAAGGUAUCAAUAUGUGGCUUUCAGAGGCUACAAAGACUUGAGCUCCCCUUCAAAAUUGCAGUUUGCAAUCUUACCGCCGUUACUCCAACCUCUCCCGAGUCCUUGAUCAGUGACAUCAUACCUGCUUCGGUUUCGCAGCUUUCUUUCGUUUCCCACGGAACAAGCGAUGAGGCAAAGGCACUCGAGGUCAUGUUUCAUGACUUUUUCGCCAAGAAGUCUCAGCUACCAGCUCUUCAAGAGAUCCACCUGACAUUGCCUAUGGAGGCGACCGACUCUUACAAGGAGCAUUUUGUCACAGUAUCCGCAGAGAUUGAAAGGGCGGGUGUGAAGUUGGUAGAGGAGCCAUUCAUACAGUCAGCUACCUGGGAGGAUGAUGAGAACGAAUAG